GAACCAACAAUGGCCAGAGUCCCAGAAUGUCAGGAGGAGAUGAUGGAGUUCUGCAGCAUGAAUGAAGAGAUGCCAUUCUAUGAAGAUCAGCCUUGCUUGACUAAGAAUGCCUCCCAAAGCCAGAGAGAGUGUGCAUCAUGCUCCCAAGUUCACUGCACCUGUGAGCUGAACAUUCAAGUAAAGAUCUCCAAGAAGAUCCCAACGAAGGGCUUCCGGAAAGCUGUGGUGAUUGUGGUUGCUGUUGAGAAGAUGAAGAUGAAAGCCAGGGUGUUCACUGAUGAUGAUUUGCUGAGCAUUCUAAACACCGUCUUAGAACCUGUCUCUUUUGAUAACAGUGAAUGCACUUACGCGACAGAUAGUGUUUACCGCUUCACCCGAGCCCUCUCCUAUGAUAUCCAAGACAUUAAGCAAAGGUCCCUCGUCCUCAAUCAGCCGGCACAGCUGGUGGCCAUGCACCUCCAAGGCACUAACAUUAGUCAAGCAGUUGCACUAAAAAUGGCAGUAUACCGUCCAAAAGGCACCGUAAAGAAUCCUAUUGCACUGGGAAUCAAAGGGAGCAAACUCUGCUUGUCUUGUGUGCCAAAAGAGGGAGCAGAAGGGCAGCCGGAGCUACAGUUGGAGGAAGAAAACAUCCUUCGGAACGUUGAAAGAUCCAAACUGGGUCGCUUCAUCUUCAACAGGAUAGAUGUCGGGAACACCACACGAUUCGAAUCAGCAGCCUUCCCUGGCUGGUUCAUCUGCACCUCCAAGCCCAACACAGCAGUUGGCAUGACUGACCAGCCAGGAGAGGUCUCAAUUGUAGAUUAUGCUCUCACCAACCAAAAGUAGCUGGUUUAAACCAAGUGCUUGCAUGCAGAAAAAUAGGUGGUGAAGGUCAUUAACAUAACUCAUUAGCAUAUGUGCCCCCCCAGCCAGAAACAAUCUGAUGCAAGAAAGGAGAGCCCCAGGCAAGUGAGUCCAGCUUGGGCUGGCUAGAGAUCCAGGCAGCCCAAGCAGACCUUGCUCACCUGGGGCUCUUCUGGGCCACCCCCCCCCCAGUCAAAAGACCAGCAAGCCACCCGCCACCUAAAAUCACAUAAGAAGUGGGAAAAGGGUGGCACAGGCUUCUCCAGGGGUUAAUGAGGGCCCCUGGUGGCUGGCUGGCUGCCCGCUCUUCUAAUCCAGGGAUUGUUAUGCAGCUGCACCUACUAUUCAAUGGACAAGGUAGGUAGAGGGGGAGCUGUCAGAAAGGUUCAGGAGCUGUGCUUCUGUGAGUUCCUGCUGAAUCUGAGGCCUGCUUGUAUGUACUAUGUACACAUCUUGUAAUCUACGUGCAUUUUGGAGCCUAUGUUUUUUACAGAUCUUGACAGCACUUUCCCUGGAGGGAGAAUCUCCUAGAAUCUAGGAGAAAGCACUUAAUAAUGAGAGAACUCUUUAUAAGAGUAUUCCUCACUGGAUCUCAGCAAGUGCAGGCUGGGAUCUGCUGAACAUGCUGCCCAGGUUUUAUUUAAAGGGAGAGGAAGGGGAAGACAUGUAAUAUUUUACCACCACACUGUAAGCCAUUGUGCCUUUAAAUAUUUAAUAGUUACUAUUUUUUUCUGUUAAUUACCAAACACAAGGUUAUAAAUGUGGGUUUAUAUUUAAUAGAAGUAUUUAUUAAUAAUUUAUUAAGUUUUACUGUUCUGUCUUGGCUAUGUUUUAAUAAAUUAUUCAGCCUGU